AUGAUUCAGAAAUGGCGAAAUCUAUCACCAGGUCGUCUAGAUCUGAUGGCUCGGACCGUCGCUGUAUCGACGAGACGGCUCCUUCACGAAGGUCCAGACACCGUGGAAGAGCUCAUCGAUAGACAUCUAGCGGCGAAGAAAGAGAAACCUCUAAUCGACGACGACGAGGCCGAGUUUCUGAACAGGCGGCGUCUGACGAGCACGCGCCGGGAGGCGUUGAGUUUGUACAGAGACAUAUUACGAGCGACUCGGUUCUUCAUGUGGACUGAUUCUAAAGGAUUGUUGUGGAAGGACGUGUUGAGAGAGAACGCGAGGAAAGAGUUUGAAGCGGCGCGAUUCGAGACUGAUCCGGAGGUUAUCACGCGGCUGCUUAUCGGUGGAAGCGAUGCGGUUUCGUGUGCUUUAGAUAAGCUCGCGGAGAAGCAAAAAGCGAUGAUCGAGAAAAAUCGCCGAUGA